CACACCGCGUUCCGUUCCUGCUCGGUCAGCUCGCAGCGUCGAUCGUCAAGGGCCGUCGUCAGUAGUGUCUCAUCUCUCCGAACGAACGAAACAGAAACUCAUACCGGUCCUAGCCAAGCCUUAUUUUUUACUAUCGAAAACAAAACGGUGGUCAUUCGAUCAGGCCGCGCCUUCGCAUCCUUGCACUCAUGAUACGCACGACGGAAUUGGUGCGUGUUUGUUUACCCAAUUGAUUGAAUUUCGAUUACCGUUAGCGGGUGUGAGUGAAUGAGUGAGUUCCCCGGAAAGGGGUUUUGUGUGCACGUGUGCUCAAAGGUCUGUGCCUCAAAUCCUUUGCACAGUCUCCCCCGGCAGAGGAAAAAGCUGUACGAUCCGAGUGUAAUGUGAUUAUCGAUCCGAUCGUGUCGUGUCGUGGGGCAGGUGUCGAAAUUGCCCUCGUAUCAUUAAACUCCACUUCCGGGGGAAGGUGCGGGUGAACAGUGAAUGUGAUAACAAAAAAGCACCCAACUCACACACACACAGUGGCAGUGAACAGUUAUUGAAAAGCGAUUGCAUCACCGCGAGGGCAUCCGUGGAGCUCGGGCUCCAAAGUGCAGGAUGAAGAACAACGCCACCAUGAACUACUUCACCGAAUCGUCCGACGAGGAUGACGAGGAGACGGUCAUGAUCAAAAAAGUGCAGCAGGACAACAAGCUAUGGGACUCGUUCCAGGAUCCGCCCGUACCGCAGACAUCCGGUUCCGCCGCCAGCCGGGAGUAUCUGCUCGUGUUCAUCAAAGGGCUGAAGGUGUUUACCUACAUCUUUGUGUUUCUCGUCAUACUGGCCAGUGCGUGCUUUGCCAAGAUGUCCUUCCUGCUGAUGGUGUCCAACGUAAAGGACGGGACCAAGAAUCGUUACUGUGACGUGCGGCAGCCCGACAAACAGUUCGAAGCGUACAUUCCACUCGAGCAGCGAGUAGCCUGGAUGUGGGCGAUUGUGUUCUCGUUUGCCGUGCCGGAGGUCGGAACCUUUAUCCGGGCGGCACGCAUCUGCUUCUUCAAGAACAUCCCGCGACCGUCCUGGGGCCAGCUGUUGAUGGUUACGAUUAUGGAGAGCUUCCACGUGAUUGGGUUGGCAAUUUUGACGUUUUUAGUGUACCCCAACCUGGACGUCGUUAAGGCCGCGAUGCUGUCGAACUGUGUCUGCCUAGUGCCUGCCAUCGGUGGACUGCUAUCCCGUUCGCACAAAGAGUCCAAGCUGGCCUUCAAGUACGUCUUCGAUCUGCUUGCGAUCAGUGCGCAGCUUACCGGUUACGUUGUGUGGCCGCUGCUCAGUAACCAGUUUGAGCUGUGGUUCAUCCCGGGAGCCAUCUUUCUCAUAUCCUGUCACUGGUGGGAGAAUUACUUGUCGCAGAAAAGUCUAUUUCGACCAAUCGCAUCAUUCGCUGCUAUACGCGAAAAAUUAACCGACAACCGGUACCAAACGUAUCUACUGAUCGCGCCGUACAAAAUCUUCCUAUUUCUCGGGGCCUGCAUCUAUCUCUCCGGCCAAACGGUGACCGAUUUUUUCGGACUAUUUGAUAGUGGCUGGGGUAAUCACACCAUCACAGUACGCGAGAUGGAAGCCGUGUUGAACGAAAAGUUUCCCGACCUCUCGUCCAUCACGUCCGAUCUGGAGGAACACGAAAUUUUCCCCACCAGCAACGCCAUCAUCUGGACCACGGUCACACAUAUCCUGUGUGCGUAUCUGUGCUACAUCUUCAGCAAAUUUGCGUGCAAAAUCCAGAUUCAAAGUUUCUCCAUGGCGUUCCCGAUCAAUCUUGCGGUACCGGUCACAGUUACUCUGCUGCUGGUGUUCUGUGGUCUGCGAGAGGCGGAUGUCUGUGCGUUCGACAAUAUCCUGCCUGACUACAUCUUCUUCCGUAUGCCUCCGAUCUACUACCUCUUCGAUUACGUUGUCAACGAGUUUUCUUGGCUCUGGUUGCUAUGGCUGCUCUCGCAAACCUGGAUCACCCGCCAUCUGUGGAUGGCAAAGAGCGAUCGAAACGCAUCGACCGAGAAACUUUUCGUAACACCCAUGUACAACAGCCUACUGAUAGACCAGAGCGUUGCCAUGAAUCGCCGACGGGAGGAUCAGGAAGAUUUCGUUAAGAAAAUUGAUAUGGUUAAAGUGAAAGAUACAGAAAAGGCGAACGAAAUUGAUGCCAAGGCACACGAGGGAAAGGAUGACAAGAUCAAACCGUACGAUCGCAUCCCGCAGAUAUUCAUUUGUGCGACCAUGUGGCACGAAAACAAGGAGGAAUUGAUGGAGUUCUUGAAAUCCAUCCUACGACUGGAUGAAGAUCAGUGUGCCAGGCGGAUGGCGAUGAAACACAUACAAGCAAACAAGGAUGAUAUUGAUCCUGACUAUUACGAUCUCGAAACUCACAUUUUCUUCGACGACGCGUUCGUAAAUGAUAAAUCCAAGUGCGAGAGUGCCGAUGCCUCACCGCUCAAUUCCUACGUAAAGACGCUGAUCAACCACAUCGAAGAGGCGGCCCUGGAAGUGUACAAAACCAAGAUGCGCGUAUAUCCGCCCACCAAGAUCGUCACUCCAUACGGUGGCCGAUUGAUCUGGACACUGCCGGGAAGGACGAAAAUGAUUGCACACCUGAAGGACAAAAACAAGAUCCGGCACAAGAAGCGCUGGUCACAGGUUAUGUACAUGUACUACCUGCUCGGCUACCGAAUCAUGCAGUUGAACACAUCGCCCGAGCGAAAGAUGGUCAUCGCCCAAAACACCUACCUGUUGGCACUGGACGGGGACAUUGAUUUCCAACCGAACGCCGUCUCCCUGCUUGUGGGACGAAUGAAGGUUGAUCCGGACCUGGGUGCUGCCUGUGGACGUAUUCAUCCGGUCGGCACGGGACCGAUGGUUUGGUAUCAGAUCUUCGAGUACGCCAUCGGACAUUGGCUGCAGAAGGCUACCGAGCACGUGAUUGGCUGCGUGCUGUGUUCGCCCGGUUGUUUCUCGCUCUUCCGCGGUCGUGCCCUGAUGGAAAACUCCGUCAUGAAGAAGUACACUACCAAGUCGGACCAGGCACGCCACUACGUCCAGUACGAUCAGGGUGAGGAUCGAUGGCUGUGCACCCUGUUGUUGAAGCAAAAGUUCCGCGUCGAGUAUUCGGCCGCCUCGGACGCUUAUACGCACGCCCCGGAAGGGUUCAACGAGUUCUACAACCAGCGCCGUCGCUGGGUUCCGUCCACCAUUGCCAACAUCUUCGAUCUGCUGGCGGAUGCGAAACGGGUCGUCAAGACGAACAACAGCAUCUCCAUGCCGUACAUCAUCUACCAGUGCAUGCUCAUGUUCGGCACAAUCCUCGGCCCGGGCACGAUCUUUCUCAUGAUGGUGGGUGCCCUGGUGGCCGUGUUUCGUAUCGACAUUUGGACCUCCUUCCUGUGGAACGGCGUCCCGCUAGCCGGGUUUAUGGCCAUCUGCUACUGGAUGAAGCAAAAGUAUCAACUGAUAGCGGCCUUCUUCAUCUCGGCCAUCUAUUCGCUCGUCAUGAUGGCCGUGCUGGUCGGUAUCGUGGUGCAGGUGAUGGAGGACGGUAUACUUGCGCCGUCGUCCGUGUUCUUUCUCGCCGUCGCGCUGCAGAUCGUCAUCACCGGUGUGCUGCAUCCACAGGAAAUGGAAGCACUGCCGGCGGGCCUGGUGUACUACAUCACCAUUCCCUCCAUGUACAUGUUGCUCGUGAUCUACUCCGUAUUCAACAUGAACGAUGUGUCCUGGGGAACGCGUGAAAACCCCGUUGAUGCAGCGAAAAAGGCACCACCGCCGGUAGCGGCCCCGGCAGGAAAGAUGCAAAAAAUAUUGGGCUAUCUCCGCUCGCCCGAUAAGGAGGAGGACGGUUCCAUUGACAUCUCCAUCAAUGGCCUGUUCCGAUGUCUGCUCUGUACGCACCCAAAGGCCAGCGCCGAAAAGGAGCAAAUCGCACAAAUUGCGGCAUCGCUCAGCGAAAUAAGUGUAAAAAUGAAGGCACUGGAAAUGAAAUUAACCGGCAACGUCAGCGUAAUGAGAUCAGACGACGAAGAUGAUGACAUCGGUAGUCUCGAUAUGCAUCGUCCGGAAGGUAACCGUGGCCCAUCCUCGCCAUCCUCCACCUCGGGCGCCGCCUCCCCGAUCCAGACGGUGAAAAAUGAUUCCCUCGAAGAGCCCGAGAAGCAGAUUAACUAUCUGCCGGAUUGGUUGUACGACGUGGAUUUGAAAAACGGCGACACUGAGACGAUCUCCGCCUCGGAGGAGCAAUUCUGGAUUGAGCUGAUCGAGAAGUAUCUGAAGCCGCUCGAUCUGUCGGAAAAGCAGAAGGAAGAGAUGAAGUCACAGCUCAAAGGUCUGCGCGAUCUGGCCGUGUUUGCCUUCGUCAUGGCGAACGCACUGUUUGUGCUGGUGAUCUUUCUGCUGCAGCUGAAAAAACAGGAGCUACACAUCGAGUGGUGGUUCAACGUGAAGAACAAGAUCAGCUUCGACGAAAGCACGGUCGAGAUCAUGAUCCGGCGCGAGUACCUGGAGCUCGAACCGAUCGGUUUGGUGUUUGUGAUGUUCUUCGGUUUGAUUCUCAUCAUUCAGUUUGUGGCCAUGCUGAUGCAUCGGUUCGGUACCAUCUCCCAGAUUCUUGCCUCCACCGAGCUGAACUGGUACUGUUCGAAGAAGGCUAAGGAUAUGUCACUCGAUGCGGAACUGCGCGAGAAUGCGGUCGAAAUUGCACGUCGACUGCAGCGCCCCAAACCGCAGUGGGACGAGGAAGAUCUAGAGGACGAGCAGAAAGCUAUUGGACGUCGCGACACGAUCCAUCGCAUUCUCUACCAGCACAAAAACAAGCAGGACUGGAGCAACCUGGAGGCUAACUUCAAGCGCAACUACUACAAGGAGGGCGAACUGGACCUUGGCCAUCGGCUUACGCUCAGCCGGAAAACACUCAACGUGCUCGAUACACGCCGUAAAUCGAUGGCCGAACAGCGCAAGAUCCGCAAAUCGAUCAUCCGGGGCCAGAAUCCGUACGAUUCGGCCGGAGAUCUUUGGUAUCCGGACGAACCGCCCGGCCAGCAACCAUCUCCCGGCUCGCGGUCCUACAACGGCCAGAUGGGUGGUGGAGGCGCCAAUCGGAAGCGCAGCAGUGCCAACAACAAUGGCGGUGGACGCCAAUCAUCCAACAACGGGCUCGGCGCCGGAGGUCGCACCAACUUUGCCUACCAAGUGGACGACGAUUUCGACGACAACUACUCCGAUGAUGAUGCCCGCGAGGAAAUGCAGUACCGUCGACCGACGGUCGAGCUUGAGAUGGCCGAACGAGCGAACCGGCCACCCAAAAAUCGCAAGAGCCGUGUUGCCUUCGCCUGACCAUGAUGGCGAUCCACAGGCCACACAACUGUGGCGAAAGCGGGGCACGAGACACCGAAUGUAACAAAUUACUGCUCAUGAGGUUCCUGUUGAGUUGACGCCAAACUUCCGACACUGACUGUGGGAUGUGGUUUUCGAUGGUCCGCGCAACCACUUGCGCUUUCAUGCUUGGUUCUUGGGUGGAAGCUAAAGGAGUGGCCCCAACAUCGCAGAACAAAAACACUCAACCGUUCAGCGCACAAAAAAGACACUCCCAAAACGAAACUUUCCUUCGCUGCAAGAUGAGCUGGCAUGGUUGAAGCAACACCAGAACAACAAAAAGCCCCGGUAGCUUCUCGGCGAGAGAUGAUGAAGGAACCGGAAGAUUAUAGCUCAGCGCGAGUGGAACGAGUGCUUUCGGUUAAGCGUACCCGGCGUACCAGAAGCGUCGAGCAGUUUCUCAUUUUCACAAACUAUUUGACUGCGGGCCAACACCGAGACACCAUAGUCAUACACACACACACACACACACACACAACACGUCCUCGUCCUGGUGCACCACCGUUUACCAACACCACUCUCGGAACGAUUUUUCACUGUACGAUCCAAGGAAGGAAAUUUAAUCACUUCUACAAAUGAUUAUCAUAAUAAACUUUUCUUCUAGUGCAA